GAGGGAAGGUCACAGCAUCUCAGACAGGCUUGCAAAGUUGGCAGCAUGGAGACCCUCAUGUGGAUGAAGCUCCUGACUGUCUUCUCGCUAUUGUCCGGUCAGAUUGCGAUUACAGCAGCAUCAUCAUUGGUGUGUGAGACCUACGGAAGUGGUAUCAUCCAGCCCUUAUAUGACAACCCGUUUUACGUGAGAACCAGCUGUGCUUCUGAAUUCAUCAGCUUCACCUACGGAAAGGUGGAUUGCCGUAUCACUUUGACCCGAGAUGAUGGUCUGAUUGUCAAGGUCGUGAUUGACAUUAACCAAAUGAAGACGGUCCUUGAAAAUGGCAUUUUACAUGUAAAGGACAACAAUGUCACCCUUCCAUAUGAUGACAUGUACCUGCAUAUCUUCCAAUACGGCAUCUACACCAAACUAAUAAGCAGAAUCCUCCCUGCAUCUACAUCCAUCAUAUGGUACAAUGAGAACAGUAAGAUCACCACCUUUUGGGUGGAGCUGGAUGACAAACAAGUGUCUGUAACUUCAGGAUUUUGUGUGAAUAACGACACGAAGAAUAUCAUUUCUGGUAGUUCUUGUUUGACAACAACUAUCACACCUGCCGAAUCAACGGAUUGUGAUUAUACAUCCGAAGUUGUUGCCUGUCAACCUAAUAUUCCCAUGGAAACUUUAAUGGAUCUUUGCCUAAUGAAUAUUGUGGAUAUAAGCAAAGAAAAUGAAAAGAAUGUACUCUGUUCAUAUUAUCAUGAAAACGUGCAAAGCUGUGACCUGGACAACAAUAAUCAAUCUCCAGGAAACUAUUUAGUUAAUACCUGGAGGACAAAGACAGGCUGCCCACCACCAACCUGCCCUGGUAACCAACAGUUUCAGGAGUUUGGCAACCACUUUUCACCAACGUGUUCCAAUCCCACUUUGGACACAAGCACCCAAACAAAGAUCAGCACGUGUGUAUGCCCACCAGGGACGGUUCUGAAUGACCUUCAAGGGCUACAGAACUGUGUGGCUGUGAAGGACUGCCCAUGUACAUACGCAGGAAAGUUAUAUGAGCCCAACGCACAGAGAAGAAAGAAAUGCAGAUCAUGCACAUGUGAGAGUGGAAAAUGGAAUUGCAUCGAACAGCCCUGUCCCUCAACCUGCGCAAUCACAGGAGAGUCUGUGAAGACUUUUGAUGGUGUUCAGUACAGCCUGCCUGGAUGGUGCACUUAUGUAGCCUCGGGGAGCACAUGGACUUUAUCCAUUCAACUGACAAAGGAAACCGCUUCCAUCGAAGAAGUUUCUCUAAGAAUUCAACAGGAAACUUAUACAUUCAGCAAGAUGAGUGUGAAAGUUGAUGGGGAAGAUAUCAAGGAUUUCCAUCAGACUGAAAAUGUGACAGCAUUCUGGCAGUCUUCCACAUAUGUUCAACUGCACACUUCAUUUGGCAUGAACGUUCAAGUCCAAGUAUCGCCAAAAAUCAAAGUCUACAUAACAUCACCAUUAACUGAGAAUGGCCAAACUAAAGGAAUCUGUGGGAACUACAAUGGCAACACCAAUGAUGAAUAUAUUUCGUCCUCUGGAAUAAUGUUGAGCUCUUCCGAUGCGUUUGCCAAGUCCUGGUCGCAGGGCGACUGCCCGGACAAAGACAAGAAAGACUGCUCUUCCAUAGACACAGAAGCCUGCCAGUAUCUGAAGGAUCCCACAGGAAUAUUUGCUAAGUGCCAAAGUGUGGUGCCAUCUGAACAAUAUUUCCAGUUUGAGUCACCGACAGAGUGUCCGAAAACUCGCAAGUUCGAUUUGUUCAUCGAACGUUCUCUCGGGUUUUUUGGAGUCAGCGAGUUAGAGACCAGGUACUCGGCCGUUCUCGGCACCAGACAGAAGUCUACUAACGCAAAAGUGACGAAUGACUGCACAGAAAGCUUAUGCCAGUGCACCGGCACCCAGGAGGAGUGUCUAUGUGUGGCCCUGGAGAGUUAUGCUAAGGCUUGUGCCAAUCAGGAUUCCCCGGUGGGUGACUGGAGGAAGGCUACAAACUGCCCUAUAAAGUGUCCCAACAAUCAGAGGUUUGACUACGACACUCAGGCCUGUAAUCAUACCUGCCGGUCUCUGUCGGGCCCCGACCCAACUUGUGAUGUGGAUGACGCCCCGGUGGACGGCUGUGGGUGUCCUGAUGGCAGCUUCCGGAAUGACCAACAGACCUGCGUCUCUCAGCCAGAAUGUGCGUGUUACUACCAGGGAAUCGUCUUCUCAGGCUCUGACCCAACUUACAUCAAAGGGCAAAAAUGCACGUGUGAAAAUGGAAAACCCAGCUGCUCACCAAUAGAAGAGUGUCCUUCACCAAAGAUAUACGAACACUGCUCAUAUGCAUCUGGAAGUAUGGCAGCGAGAACGUGUGAAGCCCUGCAUAAGCCAAAAAGUGACAUCUGUCAGGUCGGGUGUCGCUGUCCAGAUGGUCAAUACGAAGACAAUUAUGGCGCAUGUGUUACCCAGGAGAAAUGCACUUGCACAUUUGGGGAACAGACAUACAAGUCGGGAGACAAUGUACAAUUGAAGUGCCACAGUUGCACUUGUACAAAUGGGACGUGGGACUGUAUAUCCCUGCCGUGUCCUGGGAAGUGCCAAGUGUUUGGGAACGGCUACUACCAGACGUUUGACUCCAAGUGGUACCACUUCGACGGGCACUGUCAGUACACGCUGGUUCAGUCUAGCCCAGACAUUGGGAUCGACAUCAUCUGGGACAAGAACACCAGAGUGACCGUCAUACUGGAUGAAAAAUGGAAGACAAAGGUGUGCGGUCUCUGUGGAAACUUUGAUGACAAUGAGAUGAAUGAUCUGGAAACACGAGCACUAGCACUGGUGACCAGUGAGCUGGAAUUUGGGAAUAGCUGGAAAACUCAAAGCCAGCCUUGUGCCGAUGCCGUCAAUGACACAUUCAUCUGUAAUCACGACUACUGUGCAGCCUGGGCAGAACAUCGCUGCCAAAUCCUCCUCAGUGACUCCUUCAAAGACUGUCACCCCAAGGUGGACCCUCAUUCAUAUUAUGCAGCUUGUGUGAGGGAAUCGUGCUCCUGUGAUUUUGAAGGAAAGUUCCUGGGUUUCUGCACUGCUGUAGCAUCCUAUGCAGAAGCCUGCAGUGAGCAUGGUGUCUGCAUUAGCUGGAGAACACCGGAUCUGUGCCCGGUUUUCUGUGACUACUAUAAUGAAAAGGAUGAGUGUACCUGGCACUACCAGGCGUGCGGCCCAGUAAAAACCUGUGGAAAACCUUUCCCUUUUACUGGGAAGCUGGAAGGUUGCUACCCAAGAUGUUCAGAAAAUGAGGCAUAUUUCGAUGAGAACAGAGGAAAAUGUUCCUCUUUGCCAAACUGCACUUGUUACUGGAAUAAUGCUGUUUAUCUCCCUGGUGCACAAAUAAGUGUCCCAGGCAUGGACUGCUACUGUACCGAUGGAAGUAUCACAUGUCAUCCUAUUACUACUACAACUGGGCCAACCACAACUGUGACUAAACCAACUACAACUGGGUCAACCACAACUGUGACUGUAUCAACUACAACUGGGCCAACCACAACUGUGACUAAACCACCUACAACUGGGUCAACCACAACCGUGACUGAAUCAACUACAACUAUAACUGAAUCACCUACAACUGGGUCAACCACACCUGUAACUGAGACUACUACAACUGGGCCAACAACUGUGACUGAAUCGACUACACCUGGGUCAACCACAACCGUGACUGAAUCAACUACGACUAUAACUGAAUCACCUACAACUGGGUCAACCACACCUGUAACUGAGACUACUACAACUGGGCCAACAACUGUGACUGAAUCGACUACACCUGGGUCAACCACAACCGUGACUGAAUCAACUACGACUAUAACUGAAUCACCUACAACUGGGUCAACCACACCUGUAACUGAGACUGCUACAACUGGGCCAACAACUGUGACUGAAUCGACUACACCUGGGUCAACCACAACCGUGACUGAAUCAACUACGACUAUAACUGAAUCACCUACAACUGGGUCAACCACACCUGUAACUGAGACUAGACUCCCGGUGCCUCAGAUUGACCAGAAUCCACCCAGCUUCGUCAGACACAAUGAAUUCACAAUUUUCCCCUACUUCUCGCCUUCAGAUUUCCAGUGUGACCAAGGGAUGGUUUUUCAAGAAUGUCGUGACCAUGCUGAUGACUACUGUGAAGCAGGGGAACGUGUACCAGGACUUUCCUUUGGCCUUGACCAAGCUGGGUGCUUCUGCCCGGAAGGAAUGUUCCUGGCAGAAAAAUACAAAGAUAUAUGUGUCACGAAUUGUCCAAGUUGCAAGGGUCCGCUUGGAGUUCCUAAGCAGCCUGGUGACACCUGGGAGUCGGAUUGCCACAAAUGCACUUGUAGUCAAAUCACCAAGACCGAGGAGUGUGAGCCCCUGCCCCCUCCUCCCCCUGUCACCUGCACAGACGACCAGGUGGCCAUCACCAGUAGCCAGGGAUGCUGGAAUAAAACCGAGUGUGUUCACAGGACCUGUCAGCAAAAUGGAAAAGUGUAUCAGGUCGGUCAGAGUUGGAACGACCCUCAAAAGCCAUGUGUAACUUACGUCUGUGAGAAGGAAGGAAUAAAUACCAAAACAAUGGUUUGUCCAGGAGCUGUGACCUGUGCAGAGGAGUUCAGGAUUUGGGACGCACAGCACUGCUGCUACAAUUGCAGCAACAUGUGCUCUGUGACGACGUCACCCACUGUACUAUCAUAUGGAGGCUGCACCGCAACAGUACAGAUCCCCACGUGCCAGGGCCAGUGUCAGUCAUCUUCAAUGUGGUCAUAUUCAAAUGGUGUUUUCAAAAUGGGUGGGACCUGUGGCUGCUGCCAGGAAAAGAGCUCUGAAAAGCGGCAAAUACAACUGACCUGCAGUGGCAACAAAAUGCAGACCUACGCAUACAUGCACAUCACGGCCUGCCAGUGCAAAAUCUGCAAGGGGGACGACUGAAGCCGUCGGGUUCAGCAAUGACCCGGGCGAACGGCCCAGCGUCCUUUCAGACACCUUCGGUCACCAUGGAAAUCUGAAUGUCUUCAUAACCUCCUCAAAUGUCACUUUCAUAAACAAGACAUUAUCCCCAGAAUAAUCAUGAUUUAGUUAUGGUUUCCAGCUAUAUCUAAUACAGGAAAUCAGUUUAGCAUAAUUAAGUGGUAAAAUAAAUUAACAUAUUGGUGUAUUGGUGAUGGAACCGUAAUAUCAUGCUGUGUCUUUUGAAAUUUGAAAUAAACCAUCUCUGCAUCUAUU